ACCCAGGCAAGGGACGGCACUAAUCUUCCCCACACCGGGCCUUUGGCCCCACACCCUUUCCCAUAACAAUGGCAGCUUAGUCAGAGAACUAAGGUUUGGUAGAGCACCAAGUUUCACUGUUUUCCUCAGGCCAGAGUGUGGAUGUGAAAGAGGUAUGUAUGGACCAGAGAAAGCAAAGGAUAGUGAUUGAAUUCUGGGUGGCUGGCAUUGCUAACCUAUAAAACAGCUAAGAGCCCACCAGUUUAGCAUUUUGGUGAUAAAAAUGAUGAUAUAAAGAUGCUCAGCUGUUACGUAUUUCUUCACAUUUAGCAACAUCUGUGAUGUAUACCCUCCCGUCUAGUGGUGUCUCACUUCAGGUUAGGCCAAAUAAGAGCAUAGUGAUUAUUUUCAUUGUGCUAUCUGUAAUGGAGAGGCUACAUGUUUAUUUUAGUUACAUUCAGGAUCUGUAAUGUUAUUAGCCUUCAACGUAACCUGGGGAGAGGGGAGGAAAUGAUUACUAGAUACCUACCACUGACUAGAUACCUGCCAGUGCCUAGGGGGACCUAGGAACAAGAACCAACUCUAGUAAAGCACUCCACUAAAGCCCGAGUAUAAGGAAAGAAUGUGGCAGGAGGAGCAACUGUGCAUUCUAAGGAAAUUGCAUAUGCAUUUAUCUCAGAUUCCACUUAGUAAUGAGUGGCUCGCUUUAUUCUCUAGUCCAGUCCCUACUCCAUCUUUACUCUCAGACGAGCAGCACAGGGCUAAGGUAGCUGCUUUAGAUGUUCCUGAAUAGGAACAGGAAUGAGGGGAAGAGGCUUGGUGAAGAGUAGGAAGGUUUCAUCAGCAGUGUCAAAGUAGUAGUGGAGUGGGAAUAACUAAGACCAGAAGCAGCUUCACUUGAUCACAACUCAUCUGCAGUGGGCGGUUAAGGCAGGCACCAAGCCAGCAUCACUUUAUAAAUAAUAAAUCUUUCUUCUGUGGUGAUGUUGUGAAAGACAUGGUCAGGUGGCAUCAGUAUGGCGAAAUAUCACAAAAAGGGUGGGACUGUCUGGAGAAUCAUGUUUGGAAAGGGAACAGGCUACAAAUUAUAUCCAGAACACCUUCAAUAUAUAGCCUAACUGUAAUCUGGGAUGUAACAGUGGAAACAAAUGUCAUCAGCCAAAGAUGGUGUAUAUGCUGGGAUAUUCAUAACAAAAUACUCAAGUAUUCGUUGGUACUUUAGCAUAUAGUAUUUCUGCAUUGAGGAAAAUAGUAAACUGAAAGCAUACCUCACUUCUGUUCAAGAGCCAAUUUCACCUGUUUGCUGCUUCCUUACAGCUUGCAGCUGUGUAGCCAGUAACUGAUCCUUGGGAUGCCUUUUCUCUUUAUAGCAAAAGGGUUCAAGUAGAAACCAGCUGUUAGCUAUUGAGAAGUGAGAAUGUUAGGAAAUGUUUACCUCCUACCUCAUCCUUUCCCUAACUACCUCUUACCACCUCCCAAAUGGUCAUGUUAUUUACGUCACCCACCAUUCAGGGGAGAUGCUAUCAGUAAACCUAGGUGGGUGCACACAAAGGCCUUUGUUUUCCUCAGCUGACAUCUACUAGAUAAUUAUCUUUGUCUAAAGAACAAGUGCCAAUUUUCCUGCCAACUUUUCACUAGGAGGGGAGGAAAUUUAGAAUAUGCAGCCUUCCAAUUACCACCACUAUUAACCAUUGACAGGUGACAAGAUCUAGAUGCUUAUGUGAUCUCAACCAUUUCAAUUAAAAGAUCCACAAGAAAUUAAGGGGGAAAUUAUACAAGGAUACGUAGUUCAUCUUUUAUAGGAAUUGUGAUUUUACUUCUUAAAUUACAAUGGAAAUUUCUCAAGCACUAUGUUGGGAAUUCAUUCUUAAAUACCGAUUUCUCCUUGAAGGAAAAACUGUAUCCAGCAAUUCAGAUAUGGCAGAAGUGAAGUCCAUGUUCCGGGAAGUUCUUCCAAAACAAGGGCAGUUGUCUGUGGAAGAUAUAAGCACAAUGGUGCUGUGUAAACCCAAACUUUUACCCUUAAAAUCUCUGACUCUGGAAAAACUGGAGAAAAUGCAGCAAGCAGCACAAGAAACAAUUCGCCAACAAGAAAUGGCAGAAAAGGAACAGCAGCAAAUGACUCACUGAAUAACUGAGCACUUCUACAUAUCACCCUACCUUACUAUUAACUUUAUUGGAAAAUAAUCCACCUGUAUGCUGAAAAUAGCAAGUUAAUAAACUGAUGUUCAUAUAGAUAAUAUAAAAAUAACCAAGACUAAUGAAACUUGUAUGGUAAAUUACUCUGGUUUGUACUGAAUAUAAGCCAUUAAAUUAACCCAAAUCUUA